GGCCGAGGAUAGGGGAGUAAUGGUAACUGCAUUGUCCCUCCAAUUGUUGCAUCUACACGCUAUCACUGCAGCGUCACUCUCACUCACCCACGAAAUUGGAACAAGGUUGAACGGACUACGCUGGUGGCUACGUCACCUCCUCCAGACCUCCGUUCUGCGGUGCCGUUGAGGCCAUUUUCAGAGCGGUUCCUUUGCUCAAGCUGGGGAUUGGGGAGUAAAAGACCCUAGCCGAGAUGAGAUAAACCCCUCAAGAAUCAAUGGUUCGGUCCUGACCGUUUCCUUGGUUGAUCUCUCAUCUUUCUUCUUGUUGUUCUGUCUCUAUCGUUGUGGGUUUCUUUGAUUUUCGCUUUUUGAAUUCCUCUUUCAAGACCUGAACACAACUGGACUAAUAUGGAAACGAAUUGGGGAAAUGGGAAGAAGGAACAGAACGGAGACCGUAUCAUCAAUUUACCGGAUCCAAUUCUCCAUCAGAUACUCUCAUCUAUCGACAUGAAAUGCGUUGUUCAGAUGAGUAUCUUGUCAAGGAGAUUGAGAGACCUGUGGACUUAUCUCCCCUAUCUCAAUUUCGAUCAUGAGCUAUUCCCCAUUGAGGGUAAUAAUAAGAAGGAAUACUUCAUGGAUUUUGUGGAUCGGGUGAUUUUUGCUCGAAAUGGGGCUACCAUACAGAAAUUCCAACUCUUUGGCGGUUCUUACUGUGAUUUUGAUCGAAUUGAUUCAUGGGUUGGUGUUGCAGUGAGGUGCAAAGUACAAGAACUCCAUCUCAAUUUCUCUACUAGACGACCUGUUUUGAUGUUACCUCAUUCCCUUUUCACUUGUAAAUCGUUGACUGUACUAAAGUUCAAUCUGGGUUCAGACUCAAAUCGCCCUGAACUUAUACUUCCUGAUUCGUCGGCUUUAACUGGGCUCAAAACUCUACAUCUUGGAUCAUUCAGUCUAGUGGAUGGUGAGUUGGCUGGUAAGUUCUUCUCAAGCUGUCCAGUGCUGGAGACAUUGAUCAUAACGAACUGUAGCCUAUUGACCACCACGAAAGAUCUUCACAUUUCUGCUCUUCAGCUGAAGAAGUUGGUGAUAGAAAUUUCUGUUGAGGAUUAUGAGGGUUUUGGGCAUAUUCAGAUUUUUAAUGGUCCAGUUGGGUGUAAGAUUAAGAUCUCUGCUCCGAAUCUCACGUCAUUUAGGUGCAGAGAUUAUAUGGCUCGAGAUUAUACUAUUGAGAACAUUUGCUUCCCAUACAAUGCAGAUAUGGAUUUGAUUUUGAAAAAUCAGCUCGACAAUGAACUUACUGCCCUACUUUCUGACAGUAAUGAACUUCUUUCUGAGAGUAAGGAAAUACAUGCAAAAUAUGUGGUUGAUUGGCUUGGACGGUUCUAUGAUGUGAAAGCUUUAAGUUUAUCAUCCUUGUUCAUCUGGGUUAUCUCAGAUGUCCGUGGUAUAAUAGAAAAAGGUCUACCUGCGCCAUUUUUUGAUCUUAGGUAUCUGAAGGUGAAAACAACCCUUUAUGCAGUUACUAUUCGUGGAAUACUUUACUUACUCCCAAGGUGUCCUUGUAUAGAGUCCCUCGUCUUUGAAAUAGCUGGGAAAAAUUAUCGUUUGUCUCAAAUCUACCAGUCUUGGGAUGAGGCAAAAUUAAAUAUACCAGCUAAACAUUACUGGGAAUCACUGUUUCCAUCACAGUGCUCAUUAAAUCAUCUCAAGUCUCUAGAGAUUUGGAAUCUCUUUGGAUAUAUGCAUGAAGUUGUACUGCUGAAAUUUUUGCUGAAAAAUGCACCAGUCUUGGAGAGACUGACUAUCCACCCAUCAGAUGAAUGGAAAUAUGAUGAAGACAAUAGAUUGGUAGAAUUUGGUAAGGAGUUACAAACAUUUCCAAGGGCCUCUCCAAGUGUGAAAACCUUGUUAUUAAGUCCACGCAGCAAACCGAGGCCCUGUGUGCACCGGACCGCCAACGAAUAAUUGGGACCCCCACCCCAGGCAGAGUUAGUGAGCCGUGUAAUAGGCGAUUAUUUCACUCGGUUCGGGGGGCACUUGAGUCAGCCGCGUGCACCCGUACUUCUUUCAUUCCCCACCACCCAUGGAAAGGCCUUCUUUCUCGGAUCAAGGGAUUCCUAUGAAACGGAUUUGGCAUCUGAUGGUGAGGCCUAUGAUAUUUCUAGAACUUAGUAGUAGACUGUACUUCCAUCUUUUGUAUAUUGUGAUCAAACAAUAUUUCUUGUUAAUAUGUAUGGUAUUUCCCUAUUAUUUGAC